AAGAAAACGCGUGUCGGACCGGAAUGCUGUACUGGCCUUUCAACAUGGUAGCGUCCAUUGACAGCGCCUUCUGAAGGAGACUAUAUUCUUGUCCGAUUGUCGGCAUUAAUGCUGGAUGAGGUUCACCGAAGAGUGAAUGUGUGAGCUUCACGUCCGUGUGCACUUCUGUUCUCUGACACUCGCUAUGAUGGCUCGACUAUGAAGGGCAGCCGCUGCCUGCAUCAGCUCAAGUCUCUGCGGCUGCUCAGCCACGCAGGGAGGCUGCUGCCUCCUGCUGCUGCUGGAGACAACGGCGCUCUAUUCCGGUUACACUCCUCGAGUCAGCUCGGGGGCUUGCAGUGCCCACAGCGCGAGGUGUUGAGGCAUUUCCACAGCAGCCCAGCGUGCACCAAGAGUCAGCCUGCAGGGUUCGUUCAGGAGGAGGACAAGACGAGGGACAAAUCUCUGGUCGCCCACGAUGACCUGUUUCAGCAGGUCACCAAAGAAGCCAAAACCAAGGCCACGUUUAACAAAGUGAUAGACGUCUACAUCAAGAGAGACAUAAGGCGUCGAGGUCAUGUGGAGUUUAUCUAUGCUGCUCUGAAGAAGAUGCCAGAAUUCGGGGUGGAGAAAGACCUCACUGUCUACAACAAGCUGCUGGAUGUUUUUCCUAAAGAGGUAUUCGUGCCGCGAAACUUUAUCCAGAGAAUGUUCAACCACUAUCCCCGUCAGCAGGAGUGUGGAGUGCAGCUCCUGGAGCAAAUGGAGAAUUAUGGUAUCAUGCCCAACAUUGAGACCAAAGUGCUGCUGGUCCAGAUCUUUGGAGAAAAGGCCCACCCUAUGAGAAAGUACCAGCGUAUCAUGUACUGGUUCCCCAAGUUCAAGCACGUAAACCCCUUUCCUAUUCCCGAGCAACUGCCUGAAGACCCAGUAGACCUGGCACGCUUCAGCCUCACACGCAUGGCAAACGACUGGGAUGCAAAAGUGACCGUCUACCAGCUGCCCUGCACAGACAUCACAGAGAGCGGUGCUGAAGUCACACUGCCACAUAUAGUAGGCAUCCAGAGCCCCAGCCAGAUGGAAGCGCUCGCUAAGCACAACCCGUGCAGGCCCGUGUUUGUGGAGGGCCCGUUCCCUCUGUGGAUGAGAAAGACGUGUGUUUACUACUACGUCCUCAGAGCUGACCCUACCCCACCUGAAGAGAAGAUAGAAGAGCCCUAUGACCCAGAGAGGUGUUUCAUCUAUCCUCUGCAGCUAGACCUGGAUUUGGGCCGCGACCUGGGGGACGACGAGAGCUUCGAUGUGGAAGACUUGGAUGAAGGUCCAGUCUUUGCCAUGUGCAUGACCAGUCAGGGGGACCAGGCUACCCUCAAUCAGUGGAUCUCUGGCCUCCAACAGAGUAACCCCAUCCUAGGUCAGAUCCCCACGCUGUUCCGACUGGGCGCUGGACCCCAUGAGCUGCAAGGGGUGGGCGACGCCGACUCGGCCAGUCGAUCCUGGUUUUCUUCACACGUCCAUAAAGAAGAAGCACACCCUGGGGAAGAAGCCGAGGCUGUAGUGGAGGAGGAGCCCAGGAGAAGUCAGGGUGUGAAGCAGUGAACAGGAAAAAAGUUUCCUCCUGACUCCCUCCGAACCAGUUGGGGGGGUUUUUGUAAAUCCUCUUUAGCAUAUUUAAUAAAGCCAUACAAAAUGAUUACAAACGUAUUUAUUCAGUCACAAAUGUUUCACACCCUUAAAAUACAGCAGACUAUCUGGGGAAGUACUAAGUACUAACUCCGCAUGUGGUCAAAUGAAGUCAUUAUAGCUGUGGAAAUAAACAAUGAUGAAGUCAAGUUGUUAAAGUAACACAAUAAAUGUUGCUCUAAUGACAACAGCUCGCCACGCAGACUUCAGUGAGCUCACACUGUCAGGAGUGUUUGGCUUUUUCAGUCGUCCUGAAGUUGGGGUUGAGGUCAGACUGUGGAGAAAACCUUGCAGACUCGUCUCAUCAUCUGUGGUCUUUCAGCAGUGGAGUAUCUGGUAGGGUUUCAGUAAAACCAUUUUUGAUUGUAGUUUUGUUAAUUAGCAAAAUGUGUGUUUGUGAAACUGUUAUUCCAUCUCUUAGUAAAAAAAGCUCCUGAUGAGGUGCAUCAUCAUGCUCUACAUCCAACUGGCACUGUUUCUAGUUUGUGUUUUAGAGCUCUGUUUGAGUUUGCACUGCACACACAAAGUUCACCCACAGCUGCCCAUCGCAGGCCCAGGCUGUAGCCACAGUAUGUGCACACUGUGGGUGUAAGCUGCCCUACUGGUGCAAGUGCAGCUUCAGUGGAUUCAAUAAAAAUGAUAUGGUCAAUG